AUCGAGCUGGAGGACAGACGGACCUUCUGAGCGCGUGCGGGAGAGAAGAGGCUCGGCAGACGGAGCUGAACCGACAACCUGCCGAGGACCAGGAUCUCCAUCAGCCAACAGGUGCGUCUCCAUGGUGACGGUCUCCAUGGCGACGGGGUUGUGUGUGCUGCUGAGCGCUAGCAUGUACGCUAGCAUGUGCGCUGCGUUCAACGUGGACACGGCGUUCCCGCUGCUGAAGACCGGCGACCGCGGGAGUUUGUUCGGACUGUCGGUGGCGCUGCACCCGGACCUGGGGACGGAGACACACCUGUUAUUGGUCGGAGCCCCCCGGGAGAAGGCGGAGCCUGGCGUCCCGGCCAAUCGGACAGGAGGAGUGUACAGCUGCCCGAUUACCGCCCACCAAUCGGACUGCAAGAGGAUGAAGCUCGUGGAUCCGGGCCUGAACCCGUCUGAGGACCUGGUGGAGGACAUGUGGCUGGGCGUCUCCGUGUCCAGCCAGGGCCGGCCGGGGGGACGCGUCCUGGUUUGCGGCCAUCGCUUCGUCAAGCUCUACGGAGCCUUCAAGCUCAGGCACAUGAUUGGUCGCUGCUAUCUCCGUGGAAACGACCUGCGGUACGACGACGACGACCCGCACUGGCAGAACCCGGACCAGCCCUGCAGCCACCUGGGGGACGUCAGCACCGAGGCCAUGUGCAACAUGGGGAUGUCGGCCGCCAUCACCGACACCGAGGUCAUCGUGGGGUCACCGGGAAGCUACGAGUGGCAAGGGAACGUGCACGUGUCCUGGAUGAACCCGGAGGUCGUGUUCGACACCCAGAAGACGUCCUUCUCCAACCUGAGACACAGAAACAUCUACAUCGGAUACUCGGUGACCCGGGGCCGCCGGCUGCUGUCCCGGGACCAGGAGACCAUCGUCACAGGAGCUCCCAAGGACCGGAAGGAGGACGUCCGUGGUUCUGUCCUGCUGGCCGUCAAACGGGCGGGGCGUCUGGUCGUCAUGGAAACGCUGAGAGGGAAACAGAUGGGAUCGUACUUUGGAAACGCCGUGGCAACGGCUGACGUCAACGAUGACGGGUGGGACGACCUGCUGGUGGGAGCUCCGUUCUACUUCCUGCGUGAGCAGGAAGUGGGCGGGGCCGUGUACGUGUACCUGAACCGGGGCGGGAGCUUCCCCCCCGACGCCAGCGCGGUUCUGACCGGCCCGGCCGGGUCGGCCUUCGGGAUGUCUGUGUCUGCAGCCGGAGACCUGGACCAGGACGGAGUCCAGGACUUUGCAGUGGGAGCUCCGUUCCACGACUCGGGGAGUGUGAUGAUCUGGUACGGAAGUAGAGGAGGAAUAUCGGAGGAACCAGGCCAGGUGAUCCGGGGCAGCAGCGUCUCCCCGGCCUUCAGCUCUUUCGGCUACUCCCUCUCUCCCGGUCUGGACGUGGACGGGAACGGCUUCCCAGACCUGCUGGUGGGUUCCCUGGACGACACGGUCGCCUUGCUCAGGUCUCGUCCCGUCGUCCGACUGAACAAGACGCUCCGAGUUUCUCCGGAGGUCGUCGACCCGAACGGCUGUGACUUGUGUAUCCAGGUGGAGGUUUGUUUCUCGUACUCGAUCUCCGGCCGACAGCGGAGCGACAAAGACGACAUCACCGUCGUCUUCUCCGUCUCCGCUGACGUCACCAGCCUGAAGCCCCGCCUCCUCUUCCAGGACGGCGGGACGGAGUUCCAGGGCCGUCUGUCGCUGCAGCGGGGGGGCUGUGAGAGGCUGAGGGUCGGCCUGCAGGACCCGGUCCAGGACCAGGUGGAGCCGCUGGUUUUCUCCCUGAAUGCCUCGUUGGACCAAAGGAUUUCCCAGAACCAGGAACCGGUUCCAGACCUGAAACACUUCCCUGUUCUCAGCCAGACUCCCCGUCCCAUCAGAACCCAGAUCCACAUCCAGAAGUCCUGCGGUCCUGACAACCGUUGCCAUAGCAACCUGCAGAUGACGGCCCAGUUCACCGACGAGGACCAGAGACCGUUUCCCCGGCGCGGCGGGGGCGAUAGCGGCGGCAGCGCUAGCGGCCAGGUGCUGCUCUACGACGGCGGCCUCCGGCGGCUCCUCCUGCAGGUGAACGUCAGCAACGCCCCGUCAGAACACCGACCCGCCGAAGACGCUCACAACGCCGUCCUGAACAUCAGCGUCCCGCCGUCCCUGGUCUACGCCGGAGUCCAGACUCAGGGUCCUGGACCUGCCGUGGACUGUUCUGAUGAGGACCUGGUUCUGCUCUGUAAGCUGGGGAACCCGUUCAGGACCAGCCAGGAGGUGCAGGUUCUGAUCAAGUUCCAGCCGUCAGAGAUCAGUCUGGACACCAGGGAGAUCCGGACCCGGCUGCAGCUGAACACGCUCAGCGAGCAGGACGACCUGGAUCCGGUCCUCGUCUCCAUGACGAUGGAGUUCUCCCUGCAGACGUCCCUGUCCCUGACCAGGACUCCAGGCCCCGUCUUCUUCGGGGGUGAAGAUGAUCAUGUGAUCGGGGAGUCGGCCAUGGAGACGACGGAGGACGUCGGCAGUUUGUUGCUGUUCCAGUUCCAGGUGCACGUCGCCGGGCGGCUGCUGGGUCGUCAUGGCGACCUGGAGCUGGAGUUCCAGUGGCCGAUGGAAACCCGGACGGGGAAGUGGCUGCUCUACAUCACGCAGAUCCAGCUGGAGGGAACGACCGAGUCGAGCUGCCGACCCGGGAACAUCGUCAACCCGCUCAACCUCCCGCUGACGGAGGAGAAGAGACAGAAGAGAAGGAGGAGUCUGGAGGAGGAGAAGGAGGAGGAGAAACAGAAGAGAAGGAGGAGUCUGGAGGAGGAGAAGGAGGAGGAGAAACAGAAGAGAAGGAGGAGUCUGGAGGAGGAGAAGAAGGAGGAGAAGCUGAGAGAGCAGGAAGACAAGAUGGCCGUCCGUCACCUGCAGGGGAGGAAGAGGAAGUCCUACCUGCUGGACUGCGUCCUUGACCGGACGUGCGUGACCUUCACCUGUCCUCUGGUCAACAUGAGCAGCUCUGCAGCGCUGACGGUCCGGAGCCGCGUCUGGACCGGAACCCUGGUGGAGGACUUCUCCGAUGCCGGGAGCGUGGCGGUCCGGGUCCGGGCCACGCUGAGGCUUCGUACCGACAAACCCGCCGUCCUCAUGGACCCGCAGACCUCCCAGGUGGACGUCCACAUCUACCCAGAACCCGGACUGCAGGUGGACUCCAGCGCCCCCCUGUGGAUCAUCGUGGUGUCGGUCCUGGCCGGGGUCCUGCUGCUGGCCCUGAUCGUCCUGAUGCUCUGGAAGGUUGGUUUCUUCAGGCGUCGGGGGGCGUGGCAGACGGCAGCGCUGCAGCAGAGGAGGAUUCUGGGUAAAAACGGCCACCUGAGCACCGACGGUUUCCUGAUCCAGGGUCAGGGGUCGUCCCGGAACAGGAAGUCAGAGAAACACUGGGUCAUUUCCUGGACGGAGUCCCCCUGAGAGGACGGCCGUCUCCGUGGAAACGCACCCUGAACCCGGACCAACGGAUCAAUCACAGACCGAUUAUUGAUCUGGAACUGUCAAUCAAAGGACCAAAGCGGCCAGCAGGGGGCACUGCUGCCUUCAAGGACUCCUCGUAAAAAUCAGUGUUGUGUUUGCUGGUUGUGUACUUUUACUGUCUGUACUUUUACCGUCUGUACUUUUACUGUCUGUACUUUUACUGUCUGUACUUUUACUGUCUGAGUUGUGAUAUAAGUUGAAAUGUCGAGAUCAAUGUGGAAGUAUAAUUUCGAGAAAAAAGUUUAAAUGAUGAAAAAAAAUUCAAAAUGUCGAGAAAAAAAGUCAAAAUUUUCUGAAUAAAGUUGAAAUGCAUAAUGAGAAAAAGAUACACAUUUUACCUCCUAGGAUGUUUUUCUUGAUUUAAGGACAGAACAUUACACAAUUCAACGAGAAUAAUAAUAAUAAUGAUAAAUAAAUCACUGAAAAUUAUUUUAAGUAAUAAUUAUUAAAAGUAUUAAAGCUACACAGUAUGAAUUAAAAAUAGAUUAAU